CCCUUCUUUUGGUUUCUCUCUUUUCCUUUUUUUUUUUUUACUUCGAGUUUCUCGGUGAAUGGCUUUUGUUGCUUUCUGCUUAAUGGAAGGACCUUGAGGAGCUUAUUUUCUCUCUCUCUCUCUCUCUCUCUCUUUAUUUCUUUCUUUGCUUUUAUUUCCUCUGCAGUUCGUGCAUUUUCACCUGCAAUUUUUGAAAGCCGUAAUUGAUCCUCUUCUCUUUGUCUCCUCCGCCAAGUUUUUCUCCGGUGGAGUUGUUUGAAAAAAAUGGGUUGAAGUGGGUUUCGCAGAUGAUUUUAUUGGAUUCAGAAACUGCUGGUGCGUGAUGGCUCUUUCAGGAACCGUCAAUAAUGAUUGACUAGUCUACUUGACGGUUUAGUUUAGAUAACUUUAGGCUGUCUUGAGAAGUUUUGGGUUCUGAUGUCUCCACCGCUUCUGGGCGUGGAGGAAGGGCGCAGUAAUGUUUCUUCUCCCUCUGAUGACUGUAUCUCCCAGAAUGGCUUGGGAUUAAAGGAGCGUAAUUACCUUGGACUAUCAGAUUGUUCUUCAGUCGACAGCUCUGGUGUCUCGAGCUUGCCAGAGGAUAACAAGAACAAUCUGAAUUUGAAGGCUACAGAGCUGAGGCUUGGUCUUCCUGGAUCCCAGUCCCCUGAGAGGGAACCAGAGCUUUGCUUACUGAACUCUGGAAAACUUGAUGAGAAGCCACUGUUUCCUCUACUUCCUUCUAAAGAUGGAAUCUGCUCAUCAUCACAGAAAACUGUUGUUUCUGGAAACAAAAGGGGGUUCUCUGACACCAUGGAUGGAUUCUCAGAGGUGAAAGGUUCUGUGUACACUGAAAAAAUUUGGAUGUUUCCUGGAGCUGGUUCUGAUUCUGAAUCUCCCCAACCUGUGGGACACGGAAAAUAUCCUGGUAAUCCAGGGGUCAAUGUGAUGCUGUCAGCAAGGUCUUCUGGAGCUCAAGCAUCUGUAAAGAAAGAUGGGCCUCCAAAUGUGCUACAAGAACGACCUCGUGCCGCAAAUGGAACAAACCUCAAGCAAACUGGCAUUUCUAACAACAACAGCAGUGCACCUGCUGCCAAGGCACAGGUUGUUGGUUGGCCACCAAUAAGAUCAUUUAGGACUAAAACCCUGGCCACUUCUUCAAAGAACAAUGAUGAAGUUGAUGGAAAACCAGGUCCCGGUGCUCUUUUUAUCAAGGUCAGCAUGGAUGGAGCUCCUUAUCUGAGGAAGGUGGAUUUGAGAACUUAUUCAACUUAUCAGGAACUGUCUUCUGCUCUUGAGAAGAUGUUCAGCUGUUUUACCCUUGGUCAAUGUGGGUCUCAUGGUUCUGCUGGGAAGGAAAUCUUGAGUGAGAGCAAGUUGAAGGAUCUUUUGCAUGGAUCAGAAUAUGUGCUUACAUAUGAAGAUAAAGAUGGGGACUGGAUGCUUGUUGGAGAUGUUCCAUGGGAGAUGUUUAUUGAAACAUGCAAGAGGUUGAAAAUCAUGAAGAGCUCUGAUGCGAUUGGAUUAGCUCCAAGAGCAAUGGAGAAAUCCAAGAACAGCAACUAGAAAGACUUUGGAUGUAAUCAUUAACUUCCUCCUGCCUAAUUUGAAGUGGAAAAUUCCAGAGUGUGGAGGAAGCUGUGAUAAUGGAGAGCAUUAACUUGCAGGGUGCGUUGCGCAGAAUGAAAGAUCAUGGCAAAUUCCAUCUCAUCUUUGUUUUGAUUGCACGAAGAAUUAGUGUUACUUUAUGUUUGUCACGAGUUUAUGAUGGUUGUCCAAAGUGUUAAGAAAGUUAGUGAUUGUGGAUAUUAAAUAUCCUCAUAGGAACCUGUAAUGUUUAAGUUGUAUUGUAUUCCGUUGAAUGCUGCGUGUUUUUAUCUUGAAACCAUCCGGUUGUUCUGCUUCAUCUGUUGACCUGUGAUUAACUGUUUUACUAUUUUGCA